AGUCUUCCAUCAAACUCUUACUAACAAUAAUGGAUGCAGAUACUAAACUUAUUCAUCAUACUAUUUUAUAUAUUCGGAAAGGAAAGUACACCGUAUCAGAAAAAACGUUCACCUUUAAGUUCUGUUUCCGCGGCACGUCCCCUUUGCGCUUGAAUAAGGGCGGUAAGCACGCCUCCUCUUUCACAACGUACUUAAUAACUUGUCCGAGAAGCCUCUGUAAAAUAAAUACAAGAAAAAUUGGCAGAUUGUUUUCAUUAGACAUGAUUCAACCAUUAUGGAUAGCCAUGGCAUUGGCUUUGGCUUAUACUGAUCAGCUAUUGGCAUUUGAGUUGACAUGUUUGCCAGAAGUUGUGAAUAACACCGUGGACAGCAUGACUGCCUUUCACUGCUCCUUGAAAAAUACGCAGAAAGAUGUAACAAUAAUCAUUGUAUGGGCAAAAAACAGCACUGUUCUUCUACAUUAUACCUCAUCUAGACGAACACGCAGGCAAGCAGUAAAUCCCAGGUACCAUUUACCGGAGGAUGAAUUAAAGCACGGAAAAUUUUCACUUCAAAUCAUGAAAACGGAACUGUCAGAUGAAGGAGUAUAUGAAUGCACAGUUAUCAUUGGUGAAGUCUACCGAGAAGCACAGGUCACUCUGAAUGUGAAAGUUCCAACAACUGAAGAAAUCCCUGAACAGCCUGAAAAACCAGGUCACCUUGAAAAUGGUACCACCUUCACUAACCCAGUUUUUACCGUCUUAAUUGUACUUCUCUGUGUGUCUGGAAUUGUUGGGUUCAUUAUAACUAUAAAGAAAAUGAAAGGUUUUGGUCAUUAUGGAAAAGAAGGAAAUUCAAGAAUGUGUACAUGGUCACAGAUUCAAGAGCUCUUAAAUGCACCUCCGACCCCAGACAGUUAUGGCAGCUCUCCGCAGACAUCUAGGGUUGUAAAAAGCACUUCUAAUCCUUCUUUAAAGUGUCAGAGUUGGAGCCAGUCCCAAGUCUGGAUAAAGCAUGAGGGAGAGCAGAAACUUAUGCUAUAGGGGAGAUAGAGAGUGGUCGGGAGGUGCAUUGUGUAUUAUUUUUUUAGUAACUCAUUAAGAAAUAUAGGAACAUUUGCAGAUAAUUUGUCACCUAUACUUAUAAGAAGAGAAGCCUGGAAAAAUACAAUAGGCAAUUCUGGAGUGUAACUUGUGAGUGAUUAUUUUGUGUGUGAUUGACAAUAUCCAGGUUAGCAAUAAAUACUCUUCAGUGGGAAUUUUACACCAAAAUGAUUUAUGCAUCUUGGAGUCUUAAUAGAGUUGGGGAUGGAAGAAUGGACUAAUGAAUUCCACACUUUCUAAUUUUUGGUGUAAAAUUUACACUUACCCAUUUGCAAGCGGCUCAACAUUCUUAGUGAAGAUGUGAAGCUCACGUAAAAAGCUGGCAUCAGUUUAAAUAAUUCUGUUCAUGUUAGCUGUUUUAGUCUUCCUCACCGUUCAGUCCCAGUGUGCUGCUUUUGUCAGGAUUACUUUUUUAUUUUUUACAACAAAACCGGACUGUCUAUUGUAGCUUUGUCCUCCUGAGAGUUUUGUACAGUAAACAUAACCUCAGUUGUCUGGACCGCCAUACAACACAGGCACUAUAUAAUUGAGCAUACUAUUUACCUUUUAAAUUGUUUCUGUAGAUUGAUGAAUAUCAAAAAACAAAAAUCAAAAAACCAUUGCUGAUGUUCUUCGUUUACUUGCAAAGAAUAGAAUUUAAUUUGAUAUACAGGUGUACAACCAUUCAAGACAAUGCCACCUACAGCUGUGACAAAGGCUCCAUGAAAGAAAAAGUCAUUUUUAGUACUGUAAAUAUUGACCUAUUUAUUCAUAUCACAACAUUAGUCACUGCGAUGCAAGAAGAAGACUAAACUUUAGUGACAGUCCAGUAAAUUUCCAAAUAUGAUCUCACAGAUGUUUGGUGUUGCGGUAUUUUGGCGACCUCUAAUGGCCAUUUUCUAAACUUGAGCGUGGUUGUUCUGCGAGUAGAGUGACUACGUUCACUUUUGCAGGCGACUGGGUGACAUUAAGAGAGACCUCCAGGUAAUUUAAAUUAAUUAGUUUUGUUAUCUCCUAAUAGGUUAUUAUUAUUUGUUGACGUUUUAGAUAUUUCUUUAUUCGUUCAGCACUUAGCAUGCUUAGUUAACAUUGUAUAUUGUAAAGUUUUGGAGUCUUCACUUAAUUACAGCAACGUAAAGCUGUUGGUUUAAGCCUCUAAACUGAAAUCAAAGUAGCAGAAAACAGACAAAGAUGAUGGUAACUGUCUAUAACUUAAUCGUACUUCACGGAACAUUCAUGUUAUACACCUCAAAAUAAAGGACAAACAUUUCUCUUUCAGAAUAUUUGCACCUGGAAAAUUAUGUACAUUGUACACAUGUUACAGCAGAAUAAGUCUCAAAAUUCAGGAACGUGUUUACCAAAUGUAUUUUGAAUGUUUUGCCUGUUUCCAUAGGUGUUGGAAUAAGCUAUAAAAGUGUCAGUGAAUGUAUCAUGGAUACCCAGAAUAAAAUAUUAUGAAAUAUGUCUAGUUUUACCAUUUUGAAGAAGUACGAAAAACAGGAUUCUUUUUCCCAGCUUUAACUAUUUUUCAAAUCUAUAGCAUACAUACCCAUAAUUGAAGACCAUGACCAGUUUACCAUUUUGACGGGUGGACGUUACUGUUUCAGGACAUACAGCUAAAGACAUUAUACUGUGUAUCUAAAUUGCAACAUCAAUAGUUGCAACGUCUUUACAAAAUAAAUAAACAAAAUACAUCUACAUGGAAUAAUUGUGAAAUAUAGAAAGUAACAUAAAAGUGGAAAGUGUUGUAAAGUGAAAGUGAAAUGUGUUGUCAAUUGAAAGUUAAAACAUUUAGUAGAUAACAGUCUGUCCGUCAGAUUGCACACAGUGAAUCAGGGCGCUCAACAAAGUCAUGGUUACUGUUACACAGCAGUUCGGCUAUGUCUGAGGAAAGAAAGAAAAACACUGCAACGUUGUAUUGUGAAAUCCAAUAUGGACUUUUAAUGGCAAAACACUGUACUUUAUGAAGAAGUUCAUGAUUUUAUAUUGUUCUUUAUUUUUUGUAUCAUUGUUUGGACCUGCUGGCGGGUCCUAAACAAUGGGGCUGAGUUUAAAGGGUUAAACGCUGUAAAUGCCACAGAUACUUUGUAUACAAUACUUUAUCAUGCACUCGGGUUCAUGAAUCCUGAUACUUUGUCUAUUUAUGUAAAGGGAGUUGUAAUUUGUAUUACUUGUAUUACUUUGCAUGCUGUCUUAAUUAAACAUCUGUAUAUAUAAUUAA